AAAUCGUGGUAAAACACGCGUCAGAAUUGUGAAUAAAAAGGACACACGACUGCAUCAUUCAAGAGGAAAUUACGUUCAUAAAUUGCUAAAUAUCGAUAUCAUCAUAUGUAGUUAAAAUCAUGAAGGGAUUGUCUUUUCUAAUUUUUUUGGCGGGCUUCAUUUCUCGAGGGGAGGGCAUCUCUUGCUAUCAGUGUCUGAACUUCCGAGGCGUCACGCCAGACAUGACUUUUCCUGCGUUCGGUUACGGCCCUGGGUGCGAAGCCGACAGCCUCAGCACUGCCUUCAUAGCACCCUGCGUCGUUUCGGAUCCAGAAGACCCUCCAUUAGACGCUUGCCUCAAUGUCGAAAUGGUGCUGGAUAACAAUAUUACAAUCAUUGCCCGAACCUGUGCAAACCUUGAACAGUUGGGCGGGGCGAAGUGCGCCGUUUCCGACGAAUUUGUCCGAGACGGCCUAUGGCUUGCCCUGAAACUAUACGAACGUUUCUUUUUCGAAAAUCCCGUUCUUCCAGAACGAGCCCCCGCCGGGAUCCCGAUGAAUCUGUGUAGCUGCAAGGGAGACGAUUGUAAUGGGAACUGCACUUGUGGCGGGAUUGGAGAUCCCGACCCGUCGACGAGUCCUCCACCCGAGGCAAGCUUUGCGGGGAAAGGGGUCACCAAAUCGGAAGUACUGGUGUUUUCAGCAAUGAUCAUUUCCUUAGCGAGAAUGCUUUACUCGAAUCUAUAAGUCAUAAAUUAAUGGGGGUAUCUGUUAUUUAUUUUCAUCGUAUUUUUUUUCAAAUUUAUUUCAUUUAUUUAUUUUUCAAAUUGUAAAAUAGCGAACGAAAUUUAAGCGAUUUUAGAAAUGGGGUAAGUAAGAUUUUGCCAUAAAAAUCACGUUACUAGCCUUAUAACUUUUAUGAAAGGUUUCUUCGUGUACUAUUUUAUGGUCUUUUAGAUCUAAUAAAAGAGUAGAAAGAAA